AUGGGCGCGGGGGCGCUGGCCCUGGGCGCCUCGGAGCCCUGCAACCUGUCGUCGGCCGCGCCGCUCCCCGACGGCGCGGCCACGGCGGCGAGGCUGCUGGUGCCCGCGUCGCCGUCCGCCUCGCCGCUGGCCCCGACCAGCGAGGGCCCCGCGCCGCUGUCGCAGCAGUGGACGGCGGGCAUCGGGCUGCUGAUGGCGCUCAUCGUGCUGCUCAUCGUGGCGGGCAACGUGCUGGUGAUCGCGGCCAUCGCCAAGACGCCGCGGCUGCAGACGCUCACCAACCUGUUCAUCAUGUCCCUGGCCAGCGCCGACCUGGUCAUGGGGCUGCUGGUGGUGCCCUUCGGGGCCACGAUCGUCAUGCGGGGCCGCUGGGAGUACGGCUCCUUCCUGUGCGAGCUCUGGACCUCGGUGGACGUGCUGUGCGUGACGGCCAGCAUCGAGACCCUGUGUGUCAUCGCGCUGGACCGCUACCUGGCCAUCACCGCGCCCUUCCGCUACCAGAGCCUGCUGACGCGCGCGCGCGCGCGGGCCCUCGUGUGCACCGUGUGGGCCAUCUCGGCGCUCGUGUCCUUCCUGCCCAUCCUCAUGCACUGGUGGCGGGCCGGGGGCGACGAGGCGCGCCGCUGCUACAACGACCCCAAGUGCUGCGACUUCGUCACCAACCGGGCCUACGCCAUCGCCUCGUCCGUCGUCUCCUUCUACGUGCCCCUGUGCAUCAUGGCCUUCGUGUACCUGCGGGUGUUCCGCGAGGCGCAGAAGCAGGUGAAGAAGAUCGACAGCUGCGAGCGCCGCUUCCUGGGCGGCCCCGCGCGGCCCCCCGCGCCCCCGCCCGCGCCCGCGCCCGCGCCCCCGCCCGCGCCCGGCUCCCCGCGCCCCGCCGCGGCCGCCCCGCUGGCCAACGGGCGCGUCGGCAGGCGGCGGCCCUCGCGCCUCGUGGCGCUGCGCGAGCAGAAGGCGCUCAAGACGCUGGGCAUCAUCAUGGGCGUGUUCACGCUGUGCUGGCUGCCCUUCUUCCUGGCCAACGUGGUCAAGGCCUUCCACCGCGACCUGGUGCCCGACCGCCUCUUCGUCUUCUUCAACUGGCUGGGCUACGCCAACUCGGCCUUCAACCCCAUCAUCUACUGCCGCAGCCCCGACUUCCGCAGGGCCUUCCAGCGCCUGCUGUGCUGCGCGCGCCGCGCCGCCCGCGGGAGCCACGGGGCCGCCGGGGACCCUCCGCGGGCGCGGCCGCCGCCGUCCCCCGGGGCCGCCUCGGACGACGACGACGACGACGAGGACGACGCCGGGGCCGGGGCCGGGGCCGCGCCGCCCGCGCGCCUGCUGGAGCCCUGGGCCGGCUGCAACGGCGGGGCGGCGGCCGACAGCGACUCCAGCCUGGACGGCGCGGGCAGCCCCGCGGGCGCCUCGGAGUCCCGGGUGUAG